GGGCUCCUGGGCCGAGACGAGAUUGGAGGUUCGGCAGCUGUCCCCCGCCUCCCGCUGGUGCGGGACAGUCGCUACGGCCAGAGUCCUGGGUGGACAGCGGGGACGCUGAGCCGCGUGUCUCCGCCGUAGCACCCCGCGGGAGCAGGCGGACACUCAGGUACCCAGAGCCCCCGAGUCCGCGGUCGGACCGUCAGGGUUUGGCGGCACAGUCAUGGCGUCCCAGCCCAAUUCCUCGGCGAAGAAGAAAGAAGAGAAGGGCAAGAACAUCCAGGUGGUGGUGAGAUGCAGACCAUUUAAUUUGUCUGAGCGGAAAGCUAACGCCCAUUCAGUAGUAGAAUGUGAUCAUGCACGAAAAGAAGUUAGUGUACGAACUGCAGGAUUGGCUGACAAGAGCUCAAGGAAAACCUACACUUUUGAUAUGGUUUUUGGAGCAUCAACAAAGCAAAUUGAUGUGUACCGAAGUGUUGUUUGUCCAAUUCUGGAUGAAGUUAUCAUGGGCUAUAAUUGCACCAUCUUUGCAUAUGGUCAAACUGGCACUGGAAAAACCUUUACAAUGGAAGGUGAAAGGUCACCCAAUGAAGUCUACACAUGGGAGGAGGAUCCUUUGGCUGGUAUAAUUCCACGUACCCUUCAUCAAAUUUUUGAAAAACUCACUGAUAAUGGUACUGAGUUUUCAGUCAAAGUAUCGCUGUUGGAAAUUUAUAAUGAAGAACUUUUUGAUCUUCUUAGUCCAUCCUCUGAUGUUUCUGAGAGGCUACAAAUGUUUGAUGAUCCCCGAAACAAGAGGGGAGUGAUAAUCAAGGGCUUAGAGGAAAUUACAGUGCACAACAAAGAUGAAGUCUACCAAAUCCUGGAGAAGGGAGCAGCUAAAAGGACAACUGCAGCAACUUUGAUGAACGCAUACUCAAGUCGUUCCCACUCAGUUUUUUCUGUUACAAUACAUAUGAAAGAAACUACAAUUGAUGGAGAAGAGCUUGUUAAAAUUGGAAAGUUAAACUUGGUUGAUCUUGCUGGAAGUGAAAAUAUUGGUCGCUCUGGAGCUGUUGAAAAGAGGGCCCGGGAAGCUGGAAAUAUCAACCAGUCACUGUUGACUUUGGGAAGGGUUAUUACUGCUCUUGUGGAAAGAACACCUCAUAUUCCUUAUAGAGAAUCUAAACUAACUAGAAUCCUACAAGAUUCUCUUGGGGGACGUACAAGAACAUCUAUAAUUGCAACCAUUUCUCCUGCUUCUCUCAAUCUUGAGGAAACUCUGAGUACAUUGGAAUAUGCUCAUAGAGCAAAGAACAUAUUGAAUAAACCUGAAGUUAAUCAGAAGCUCACCAAAAAAGCUCUUAUUAAGGAGUAUACAGAAGAGAUAGAGCGUUUGAAGCGAGAUCUUGCUGCAGCCCGUGAGAAAAAUGGAGUGUACAUUUCUGAAGAAAAUUUUAGAGCCAUGAAUGGAAAGUUAACUGUUCAAGAGGAACAAAUUGUUGAAUUGGUUGAAAAAAUUGGUGCCCUUGAGGAAGAGCUAGGUCGGGUUACAGAAUUGUUUAUGGAUAAUAAAAAUGAACUUGACCAGUGUAAAUCUCACCUGCAAAAUAAGACACAGGAACUCGAAACCACUCAAAAAAAUUUACAAGAAACCAAGCUGCAACUUGUUAAAGAAGAAUAUGUCUCUUCAGCUCUGGAAAGAACUGAGGAGAAACUUCAUGACACUGCCAGCAAGUUGCUUAACACAGUUCAAGAAACCACACAAGAUGUAUGUGGUCUCCAUUCCAAACUGGAUCGAAAAAAGGCAGUUGAGGAGCACAAUGUAGAAGCUCAGGAGGUUUUUGGCAAAAACCUGGGGAGUCUGUUUAAUAAUAUGGAAGAGCUAAUUAAGGGUGGCAGCUCAAAACAGAAGGCCAUGCUAGAAGGUCACAAGGCCAUGUUUGAUAAUUUGAUGUCUUCCAGCGUCUCUGCAUUGGACACCAUUACCUCAACAGCACUUGAAUCUCUCACAUCUAUUCCAGACAAUGUGUCGGCUCAUGUUUCUCAGAUUUCUAAUAGGAUAUUAGAAGAACAGUCAUUAUCAGCACAAAGUAAAACUGUGCUACAAAAAUUGAUUAAUGAACUGAAGACUGACCUUCUAAGUUCCCUAAAGACUAUUUUAUCCCCCACUGUGGUGUCCAUAUUGCAAAUCAAUAUCCACCUUCAACAUAUUUUCAAGACUUCAUUGAUAGUGGCUGAGAAGAUAGAACAUCAGAAAAAAGAAAUAGAUGGUUUUCUCAGUGUACUGUGUAACAAUCUACAUGAACUCCAAGAAAACACAGUUUCCUCACUGGGUGAAUCAGAGAAACAUUGUCAGAACUUAAACGAAGACUUGAAGACAAUGAAGCAAACCCAUUCACAGGAGCUUAACCAGUUAAUCAAUCUUUGGGCAGAGAGAUUCUUUGCUUUGGAGGAAAAGUGUGAAAACAUCCGGAAACCACUUAAUAAAGUUAAAGGAAGUACAGAACAGAAAUCUAUAGAUAUGAUCAACAAAACAACUUUUCACAGUAAAAAAAUUAUUGCUGAUUCUGAUGCCUUAUCUCAAGAACUCAAGCAGUUUAAGGAAGAUGGCACAAGACUGAUUGAAGAGUCUGUGAAACACUGCAAUUCAUUCACUGUCAACCUGGAUGCUAUAGUUCAAGAGACUGAGCAGAAGUGUGAGUCUCUGAACACAAGCACAGCUUGUUUUUCUGAACAGUGGGUAUCUUGGUUAAAUAAAAGGGAAGAGGAGCUUCAGAACUUAACAAAGGCUGUAAAUCGAUGUUGUGAGGCUUCAUGUUCAGAGAUCACUGAAAAAUUAAGUGGACACAAAGCAGCUAAUGAAGACCAGCAUAAUAAGUUCAUUAGCCAUAUAACUACUGAUGAAGAAAAGCUGGUAGCACAAAGUCUAGAACUUAAUGAAACUGUAACAGCUUGUUUGACUAAGCUUAAUUGCUUUCUGCAACAGGAUCUGAAAGUAGAUAUACCAACAGGUACAACGCCACAGAGGAAAACUUACUCAUACCCAUCAACACUGGUAAGGACUGAACCACGAGAACAGCUCCUUAAUCAGCUGGAAAAGAAACAGCCCACGCUGCUAAUGAUGCUAAGCUGUUCAGAAAACAUCAAAGAAGAGACCAGUGAGGACAUCAAUGAAGAAAAGCCAGUUCUGCCGCAAGAUAUUGAAGAACCUUUAAGUCAAGAGCCAUCUGUACAGACCAGCGUGGAUUGCUCUUCAAGUGGCGGGGUUCCAUUUUUCCAGCAUAAAAAAACACAUGGGAAGGACAAAGAAAACAGAGGCACUAACCCACUGGAGAGGUCGAAAGUGGAAGAAGUCUCAGAACAUGCUGUUAUAAAGAGCAGAUUGCCACUACGAGCCCAGAUAAACAUUUAGUCAAAUUGAGGGGCAUGAUAAUUUAAGAAAAAAAAAAAAAAACUAAAACCUGAAACCCCAGAAUUUGAGUCUGUGUACAGAUUAAAA